CUGUGUCAUAUCACCCCGGACCCUUUUUAUUGACGGACAACAACAAGACGGGCCAGCUGAGAGCUACUGGUCACAACUUAGUUAAAUAGUGGAUUCACAUUAGUUGUCAUUCGGACCCCUGUGGUUAAAGGGUUUCAGUGGACGGAUAAAUGUCUGAUGCAGCAGAACGCCCUGAUAGCAAAGAAGAGGAGGAGGUUUCACAGGAACCAGAGGAACAAUCCGACGACAGCAGUGAGGAGGAGGCAGCAGGAGACACAGAAAUGGACUUUCUGCGUAACCUCUUCUCAAGCACUCUGGGCCUCGGCUCAGCAGAAAAAGUUCUGGAUGAGCUGACUCUAGACGGAGUGGCUCAAUACAUAAAGAGUGGCAAAUGUAAGAACAUCCUCUGCAUGGUUGGAGCAGGAAUAUCCACAUCGGCUGGAAUCCCUGAUUUCCGUUCACCAGGAACAGGCCUGUAUGCAAACCUGCAGAAAUAUAACCUUCCUCACCCAGAGGCCAUCUUCCAGAUAGAUUACUUUAAGAAACAUCCAGAGCCAUUUUUCGCCUUGGCCAAGGAGCUUUACCCAGGACAGUUCAAGCCGACAAUCUGUCACUACUUCAUGAAGAUGCUAAAGGACAAGGGGCUCCUGAAACGCUGCUACACACAGAAUAUUGACACACUGGAGCGAGUGGCUGGGCUGGAAGGAGAAGAUCUAAUCGAAGCUCAUGGAACGUUUUACACAUCACACUGUGUCAGUUUCUGUUGCCGUAAGGAAUACAACCUGGACUGGAUGAAAGAAAAGAUCUUCUCUGAUGACAUUCCCAGAUGUGACAAAUGCAGCAGUUUGGUCAAACCAGAUAUCGUCUUCUUUGGAGAGAAUUUGCCUGUCCGGUUCUUCACUUCAAUGAAGAUGGACUUUCCUCGCUGUGAUCUUCUCAUCGUCAUGGGGACCUCUCUGCAAGUCCAGCCAUUUGCAGGUCUGGUCGGCAGGGUCUCAAAAAGUUGUCCCAGACUGCUCAUUAACAUGGAGAAGGCCGGGCAGGCUGACCCUCUGUUCGGGCUGCUUGGUUUUGGAGGAGGGAUGGACUUUGACUCGGACAAGGCGUACAGAGACGUAGCUCACAUCAGUACAUGUGAUGACGGCUGUUUGGCUCUAGCUGACCUGCUGGGAUGGAAGGUGGAGCUGGAAGAAUUGGUGAAGCAGGAGCACGCCAGGAUCGAUAGUCAGGACAAAAAAGAAAAGGCUGGUGAGAACAGCAAAGCUGCAGCCAAGACGAGCUCUGCAUCAGUGGCUCCAGAACCAGAGAAAAAGGAAGAGUAACUCAUUCCCAAUCUCCCUUUUUAUUCAAAGCGGCUGUACUGAUGUCGCUGUGUGCAGGUGACCCUUUGAAGCAGAUUCUGAUUGUUUCUGUUUGACGUUGAGAAUUGAUGCAGUUUGUUUUUAUCGGCAAACAUUUGAUUCCUCUAAACAUCCUCACAGGACGACUUUCAUCUCUGUGUUUUAUGCUUUUGUUUAUAUCAGUUACUUGCACUUUACUGACAUGACUUUACUUUUUUGCAUCUUAGAUGUACAAUGUUACGUCUGAACCACUAGUCAAGAUACUUCUAUUUUGCUUUUGUUUCAAAUAUCAUGCUCAUUUCAGUCACUGAUUCCAGUUUAUUAACCAUCAAAAGGAAACAAGGCUGUUGUGUAUUGAAUCGCUCAUGCAAGUAUCACAUAGAUGAAAUAAUAACUUCAUAAAAGGUGAACUUAGGUAGUAAUAGAUAUAACAACAGGAUUAUUGAAAUUUAGAAAAUAUUCUCUUGAUUUUUGACUCAUAUUUUUUUCAUGUUGACCCUCUGCUCCUGUAUGAACACAUUUCUGUUAAUUUUUUAACACAAUGUUUUUAGAUGUUCAUGGGGGGGAAGUUAUGCUCUCUUCAUAUUAUGAAACUACAAACUUUACAUGAUGCACAGUCUAUAAUCACAGCUUUGCUCCCUCUGUUGCCUGGACUUCAGUUGGUUGAAAGUUGAUUUUUCCUAACAACAAAUGUGUAAUUUAAUAUAAGAAAAUGAAAGAGUUUCAUAGUGAAGCAAAGUGGAAGCCACUUAAAGUGAUAUUGUCUGCCGGAAUCAGCUUCAUUUCUAUAAGCAGAAGAUUAUAAUAACCCCUCAUGCAGAUUAUCUUCUAAUCGGUAUUUGUGUCUUCAUUGCGUAAAUACAAAAUUCACAUCAUCACAAUUUACCGAUUUUAAAAAGAACAUAGGUGACAUCACUGUAUAGUCCUGCUCCAGAUCUGAUGGUCAGAGUCCACUCGCAUAGAACACCUGCCACUGGACAAUAGUUUGGCUCUGUAUUAGUCUAGUCUAGUAACAGGAGGGCAGAGCGUCUCCCAGAAGAGCAACAGUGAGAGUCCAGGAACAUAUCACAUGCUGCAUGAGUGCACACAUACAGUACACACACAUACAGUGAUUAUAGGGAGAGCGGACAUCAUCACACAGGCAGUCCAUGAACCUCAUACAUUCUAAAAGAGUGCAUGAAUUUGAAGCUUCUUGAAGUAGGCGACAACAGUUUGUUGUCUUGUAUGAAAAGGCCUAAAAUGAACUGUACGCUUGAUAAUUGUAAGGGAAUUAUUUAAGCAUCUGUAUAGAAUGACUCUGUCCCAGGCUUUUUGGUCUCUGUUGUUGUUUUCCACUGUAUUUGGGAUAUUUGGAAGAGAAUGAAUUGUUCUACUGUGACAUAUAGAAAUAAAGGGGUGGGCACAGUAGCGUGAACGUCUGUACAAUAUUAUGGAAACCAAUACGAAAGUCUUGCAAUAAAUUUGCCAUUGUAAA